CGAUAAGAUUAAUACUUCAACUAUAUAUACAAUGAUCACCAAAUAUUUCACAAAGGUUACUGUAAAGUUUGACCCAUUUGCACCUAGUGCUAGACCUGCAAGACUUUUUCUUGCCAGAAUACCCCCAUCAUUGAAGGGUCAAUGUACAGUCAACCAUAAAAUCUUGACUGCUACUUCUCCAAGUACAGAAAAGCCAACCAUAGAAGUUACAUUUAAAGACAAAGAAGUCUUGAAGGCAGACCCAACCAAGUUGGACAUCAAGGAGUUGAUUGCUCUUUUCGAUUCUCACUCUAGAAAGUUGGUAAUCAAGGAUUCUAUAACGGUUUAAGAGAGAAGGAGAAAGAAAUAUAUAUACUGGGCAUUAACUUACAUCCGUGGCUAUACUAGGGCCAAAUCUUUCA